UUUUCAUGGCAGUAGGUUCUUUCAGAGCUUUAUUGACAUAUCUUUAGAAAAAAAGAGAGAGACAGAGACAGUGAGCUAUAUAAGCUUGAAAUGGGUGGUCCUAGGUUGUUUCAAAAUGAUCUUUUUCUUGAUGAUUCCAUUAAUGAAAUAAGCAAUCUUGAUCUUACUCUGUCUGCGAUGGCUAAUUACUAUCCUUACCCUUACUUGCCCUCAUUAGAGAACGGGGAUUCUUCUAUUUGUAUCGUUAAUCCGUUCUCUGAUGAUGCUAGGGAGCAUAAGAGGAUUAAACGGACUUUAAGCUUUGCGGAAUCUACGGGAAGUAACGGAAGCUUUUAUAGCGGUGGAUGUGGUAAUAGUGAUGGUAAUAUAAGCCGGAGCAGCAGCACAAAUAGCUUGAAUAGCUUGACGAGGUUGCAUUUUCGAGAUCAUAUAUGGACUUAUUCGCAGCGAUAUCUUGCUGCUGAAGCAAUCGCGGAGGCAGCAGAAGCUAUGGCGGAUAGUAAUUCUGAUAAUAAGAAUCAUGGAGAAGAUGGAAAUGCUGAUGGAAUGAGACUUGUUCAACUUUUAAUUGCGUGUGCUGAAGCUGUUGCUUGUCGAGAUAAAUCACAUGCUUCGGCUUUAUUGUCGGAGCUUCGCUCCAGUGCUUUAGUUUUCGGCUCUUCUUUCCAGCGAGUCGCGUCUUGUUUUGUGCAAGGGCUCGCUGAUCGGCUGUCGCUGGUUCAACCACUGGGAACUGUCGGUAUUAUCGCGCCGAUGAUGAACAUAAUGGACACUGCGACGGAUAAGAAAGAAGAAGCCUUACGCCUUGUUUACGAAAUUUGUCCACAUAUUCAGUUUGGUCAUUUUGUGGCCAAUUCUGCAAUAUUGGAAGCCUUUGAGGGAGAGAGUUUUGUCCAUGUAGUUGACUUGGGUAUGACACUUGGUUUACCACAUGGUCAUCAGUGGCGCCACCUGAUCCAAAGCCUAGCUGAUCGCGCCGGCAAGCCACCCAGCCGCGUUAGAAUUACGGCUGUAGGACUUUCUGUUGGUAGAUUCCAAGGAAUUGGUAAUGAGCUGAUGGAAUAUGCGAAAGAUCUCGGAAUCAACUUGGAAUUCUCCGUUGUCGAAAGUAAUUUAGAAAAAUUGCAGCCUGAUGAUAUCAAGGUGUUUGAUGGUGAAGUUCUUGUUGUGAAUAGUAUUCUUCAGCUGCAUUGUGUGGUAAAAGAAAGCAGAGGAGCUUUGAAUGCUGUUUUGCAGAUUAUUCAUACCCUUUCGCCGAAAGUUCUUGUUUUGGUCGAGCAGGAUUCGAGCCACAAUGGGCCUUUCUUUCUGGGGAGAUUUAUGGAAGCAUUGCAUUACUAUUCCGCAAUUUUUGACUCUCUGGAUUCUAUGCUGCCUAGGUAUGACACUAGGCGAGCCAAGAUAGAACAAUUUUACUUCGCCGAGGAGAUAAAGAACAUUGUGAGCUGCGAAGGACCUGCGAGGCUAGAGCGUCACGAGAAGGUGGAUCAGUGGCGUAGGAGAAUGAGCCGUGCGGGUUUUCAGGGUGCACCGAUUAAGAUGGUGGCUCAGGCCAAGCAAUGGCUGGGGAAGAUUAAUGUGUGUGAUGGAUAUACAGUUGUGGAGGAGAAGGGUUGUUUGGUCCUUGGUUGGAAAUCAAAGCCUAUAAUUGCAGCUUCUUGCUGGAAAUGCUAGAUAAAAGUUACUCUGCCAACAAGUUUCCUUUCGUAUUUUACUAAGUAGUGUUAAUAAGUUGGCUGAAUUUCAAUAGCUUUUGUGGUGUACAAAAUGCUUAUGUUUCUUUUUUGAAAGUGCAAGUAUAGACUUAGCACUGAAAAUAAAUACUCUUUUCUUGA